AUGCCGUUCAGCAGUGGCGGCCAUGAGCCGUCCGGCGAGUUUGAGGCUUUCCUACAGGUAGAGGAGCUAGGGAUGGACAAGGUGCCCGAUCAGAAAAAUCUUCCCGGAAUGGGGCAGCUGCUCCAUCAGGUUGACAGCCUCCAGCAAGUUGUUGUUGCUACCUGCGAGUCCAUGACGUUGCUUGUGCAGAAGCAAGUAGAAGCGCUGAAAGACUAUGAGAAGGAAGCUGCCGUCUUGCAUCGUGAAAACAAGGACCUUCGCAUCAGAUUAGCUGAAUGGGAAGGCCAUCCGAUGCCCGGAACAGUUCGUGAAAAAGAAAAUGGUCCAGACCGUGCUGCAGGCGCCGCCUCAGGGCCGCAUCUUUCGACCGUGAACCGGGAGGCCUGGGCUGACGACGCCCAGGGGUCCGUGGGCCUUGGUACAAACUCGGCCGGCCUUACGAAUAUUGUUCCGUCUCCAUCACCUUCGCAGCUCAAGAGCCCACUGCCCCUGUCGGCCCAGCCGUCACAUGAGGAUGAUGAACUUGCAAAAGUGCAGUUUGCAGCUCGAGAGGCAGCUGUGUUCGUUGAUGCGGAUGCAUUGAAGAGGCAGCUGAAGCAGAAUUUGAGCAAAGAGACAUACGACGUUUCAAUGUACUACAAGGAGACUGGAGUAUGGCAAAGGAUAGCUCGGUCAAGCUUAUUCGAGCACAUUACUCUCUUCAUGAUCGCGAUCAAUUCGGUAUGGAUUGCAAUCGACACUGACUCAAACGAUGCUGCAACGCUGGUAGAUGCACAACCUGUUUUCAUUGUGGUUGAGAACUUGUUCUGUGUGUACUUCUCUGUGGAGCUGGCCAUCCGCUUCGCUGCAUUCCGAUACAAGAGGAACUGCAUGAAAGACAGUUGGUUUGUCUUUGAUUCAGUCCUGGUAGCGCUAAUGGUCUUCGAAACCUGGAUACUCACGGUAGCAGUUGCAGCGAUGGGUUCUGGUGCCAUGAGCAGCCCCAGCUUUCUUCGAGUGUUACGCCUUUUCCGGCUAACGCGCAUGGCGCGAAUGGCACGGCUCUUGCGAGCCUGUCCUGAACUAUUCGUGAUGCUGAAGGCCAUCGGGGUGGCCCUUCGCUCCGUGUUUUUCGCUUUGUUGCUUCUCCUUGGCGUCGUGUAUGUCUUCGCUAUCUUCUUCACACAGCUUCUCGAUGGCAAAAAUGCGCCAGACGGCAGGGUAGAUGCUCAAUUCUCGACAGUUGCCGUGUCCAUGAAUACCUUGCUCAUCAACGGGGCUUUGCCCGACCAGGGAGACUUGAUCAAUAACCUCCUUGCGCUUGACGAUGGACCCGUCUAUUAUGCCAUGAUUCUGACAUAUCUCCUGCUGUCCUCUCUCACGGUAAUGAACAUGCUCAUCGGAAUUCUCUGCGAAGUCAUCAGUGUUGUGUCUCACGUGGAGAGCGAAGAAAUGAAGCUCAGUGCUGUGAAGUUCUCCUUACAACGGAUAUUGGAGGAGACUGAAGCGGAUGAAGAUGGUGACAAGAAGCUAAAUCGGGCCGAGCUGGAGCUUCUCCUGAAGAAUCCGAAGGCUGUGCGGACGCUGGCAGAUGUUGGAGUGGAUUUACUGGCUCUCGUUGACCUGAUGGAUUUCAUCUUCGAACAGAAUGAGGACCUCACUUUCCCAGAGUUUAUGGACAUUGUCUUGGAUCUAAGAGGAGACAACGCUGCGACAGUCAAAGAUAUUGUUGACCUCAGACGCUUCGUCAGCUCACAGACCAAGAAGGUUGAACGGUUCUACAAGGAAGCUUUCAGAUCACCUUCGAUUCUGAAACCAGGGCCACCUUCAGAUGAACCAAGCCCCACUCUCGCCGACGUGGGAACAAAGACAUCCGUCUGGGUUCUUGGUUCCAUCUGUACGAUCUUCAGAGAGCGAAUUUCGCGAACUGCCACUGUUAUGAAACUCAGGGCAGAAACCAAUUUCCUCCUGCAGAAGCAGGUGAAGCAGGCCGUCGGACCUCUAGAAACGGUAGGCUCCGCGAUUCUUUCCACGUUAGCCUUUGCCGCCACGUUCUGGUGCCUCAGUGGUAGCAUUCGGUCGUCCUCGCCAGCGGUUGCGAUGCUGGUUCCCGCCGCUUUGGCAAUAGUUGCACUGCUCGCCAACUACAUCGGCCUCGCCAGAUAUCGAACCCGGCGGCCAGCGCGGGCUUGGCUGGUUAUCUCGCUGUCCUUGUGGGCCGCUCUUGCAGCAGGGGCCGUUCUUGGAAACAACUAUUGGUGGACAGGAGUAGCCAAGUACAACGAGUACCAGCAGAUGGCCAACUAUGUCAACGUCGACCCUUCCGUUGACAAGGGCACCUCCUUCAUGGAUGCUGGCUCUGUGUAUUUCAAGGACGGCUCUAGCGUAGACUUGACCAAAGCAAUCGCGUUUCGGAAUGGUUUGACAUAUUGUGUGGCUCCAAUAUAUUCCGAGCCUCUGGAAGGAACGGGCAACGAGCGAAAGACCGCAGCAGGUUUCGUGAUUCCGAAGAGCGGAACUCUGGACUUCUGGGCUGUUGGCACAGAUUGCUGUGGAACGACGGGAACUCCGUUUGAGUGCCAUGAUGCCACAUCCCCAUUCGCCCGCUCUGGCCUGCGGAUCGUAGAGGACAAUCACAAGGCCAUGUACCAGCUGGCGGUGCAGGAGUGGACAGCAACGACUGGGAUCCCUGCACGGAACCCUUUGUUCUUUCAGUGGGUCGUCGAUCCCAUCGCAGUGGAGGAGCAUUACAGAAGCCUCUCCAGCAACAGCAUCUUCAAACUGACAUGUGGCUACGGUAUCGCUGCAUUCUUUGCUGCCUACGUGCUUCACAUGGUCUUCCGCCACUUCAAGGUCCUUUAA